AUGGAAAAGAGGAAAUGGUUAUGGAAGAAGAGAUCUUCUGAGAAGAGUCCGGGUGACAGUGAAAGCUCUGGUUCAAUAUCAUCACAUUCAGAGAGAUACUCUGAUGAGCAGCAGGAUGCAUUGAAGGACUCUUCAAAUCUUAACACACAAUCACCUGAAGUCACGUCGAAAGCUGCGAUUGUUGAUGACGAAGUCGAGAAAAAUGUGAAAAAUCUGACAGAGAAGUUAUCGGCUGCACUCGUCAAUGUUAGCGCCAAAGAAGACUUGGUUAAGCAGCAUGCCAAGGUUGCUGAAGAAGCUGUGGCUGGCUGGGAAAGGGCAGAGAAUGAAGUUGUUUCGUUGAAGCAGCAGCUGGAGGCAGCAAUUCAGCAGAAUCUGAACCUGGAAGUUAGAUCCAGUCACCUCGAUGGUGCCCUCAAGGAAUGUGUAAGACAACUGAGACAAGCAAGGGAUACUAUGGUGGAGAAAACCAGCGAGUGGGAAUCUGCAAAAUCUGAGCUCGAGAACCAAAUUAUUGAGCUCCAGACCCUAGCAGAACCUGCCAAAACUGAACAUUCUGCUUCUACUGAUGCUAAUAUUCUCCUUAAGCUUAAGGCUACGGAGAAAGAGAAUUCGUCUCUUAAGCAAGAACUCGUUUCUCUGUCGAAGGGGCUAGAGAUUCGGACCAUUGAGAGGGAUUUAAGCACCCAAGCAGCAGAAACUGCUAGCAAGCUGCAAUUAGAGAGUAUAAAGAAAGUUGCAAAGCUUGAAGCUGAGUGUCGAAGGCUGCAAGCAUUGGCUCGCAAAUCAUCCUCAUUCAAUGAUCAGAAGUCCAUUAUGGCUUCUUCUUUCUCUGUUGAAUCUCUCACUGAUAGUCACUCAGAUAGUGGGGAACGGCUGAGUACUUUAGAAGUUGAUACUCGUAAGGUGAAUAAUGUGGAGAUGGAGUUGAAUGGACAUGAAAAGAGUUGCUCAGAUUCAUGGGCCUCGGCCUUAAUAGCAGAGCUUGAUCAAUUUAAGAACGAAAAGUCCAUGCCUAAAAGUCUUGCCGCCUGUUCUGUUGAAAUUGAUAUGAUGGAUGAUUUUCUGGAGAUGGAACGCCUUGCUGCAUUACCAGAAAUUAAGAAUGGCAUUUCAAGGGUUGAUAUUGCCGGAGAAUCCACUUCGACUGAGAAAUCAUUGAAUGAUGAGCUUGAAAGAAUGACUUGCCGGGUAGCUCAACUAGAGGAAGAGUUAGAGAAGAUACAAACAGAGAAAUCGAAACUGGAGAAUGCUUUAGACGAGACUCGAGAUUCACUCAAUAAAUCUGAAGCUCAACUGGCAGCAUCUGAAUUGAAGAUUGAAGAGCUACAAAGGGGGCUGGGUAUUGUGAAUGAAGCAAAGGAGUUGCUUGAAUUUCAACUAAUUGGUAUGGAAGUUGAAGCACGGACCAUGUCAGCGAAUAUCGAUUCGCUAAAGGCAGAAAUGGAAAUUGAACGAAAUUCAUCAACAGAAAUGAAACUGAAGUAUCAGGAAUUGGAGAAUGAACUAAAUAGAAAAAACCACGAGACAGAGGAUCAGCAUAGUACAACCUCCAAUGUUGAAUUGAAACUAAAGCAGGAGGACCUAGCUGUAGCUGCUGAUAAGCUUGCAGAAUGCCAGAAAACAAUCGCUUCUCUUGGAAGACAGCUUCAAUCUUUGGCAACAUUGGAAGAUUUCUUGAUAGACACUGCAAACCUACCCGGAUUUCCUAGAGGACCACUGGUUUCUGGCACCAAUGGAGAUUUAUGGAGGACGCACUCAAACGACACGUUGGUUCCCAAAUGUGAAUUAGAUCCAGCAAAAACAGUGCGAGAGAAUUCUACUCCAUUGAUCAACGGGAACUAUGAGGAAUCUCCAGCAUCUUCACCGGCUUAUCUCACUACUGGUGGGAAGGCUAGAAAUGGUUUUGUUAAAUUUCUCUCUCGAACGAGGAGUGGGAUUGACCUUGAGAAUCAUCACGGAUAG